AGACCCCAUUGCUGAAUUCGUUUACAACUGCAAGCCCUCCCUGUCUUCCGACUUUCAAUAAUCAUGGAUAUAAAAACCUUGCUAAACAAUCUUCAUGAAGAAGUAUCCUGUUCUGUGUGCAUGACAACAUUCACAGAUCCGAAAAUGCUGCCAUGUUUACACAGUUUUUGCCUUCACUGCUUGGAAGGAAUUCUACGAACGAGUGGCCGCCAUGAUGUCAUUAAAUGCCCGGAAUGUAGAAGGGAGAGUAGAGUCCCUGGCAGUGGAAACUUAAAUGAUCUGCCGACCAACUUUCGUAUUAACAGUUUGCUAGAUGUGUUGGCCAUCCAAGAGUGUAGCGCUACAGGUGUCAAAUGUGGAAACUGUGACAAGGAAAGCUCCCGCAGUUUCUACUGCUUCCAGUGUUGUGCAUUCUGGUGUGACGACUGUAUCACUGGGCACAACAUAAUCCGAGCAAAUAAAGAACACCGAGUGUUGGCGAUUAAAGACUUCCAAGAUCAAGACAUCGAGGACGUGUUAAAGCGACCAGCAUUUUGCAGAAAGCCAGGACACGACAGGAAAAAACUGAAAUUCUUUUGUGAUGACUGUGCGGAAGCCAUUUGCAACUCUUGUGUUGCAACCAUUCACGACGGCCACGUCAAAAUACUUUUGGAAGAAGCGGCGAAUGAAAGAAAGGCAGAAGCGAAGUCUGUGAUUGAAUCUCAAAGGAAAAUGGCGCAGCAGAUGCGAAAUAAAAUCUUUCAGAUUGACCAGAAUUGUGCAACAAUUCAAGGAAGAGUCGCUAGUGUGAAGAGAAGCGUGCAGCAGUUUGCUGAUAACAUAUUUGCUGUUAUCGAAGCGAAAAAAGAGGAGAUCAUUCAUAAAGUUGAAAAUCAAGGAAAACAAUCACUCCAGCGACUGGGAACACAAAGGAAUGAGAUUGAACAACAAGCUCAAAAGAUUGAGAAAGGAAUUGAAAAAACUGAAACACUUUUAAAGCGAAGCACAAGCCCCGUGAUAGCACAGUUAGAUAAGACAUUGAAAACAAUCUUUCAGGAAGGAGUCAGGCUUGAAGGAGAACAAGUCGACUGUGACCUUGAAGGUCUUCGUCAAUUUAUUUUCGUGGAAAACGAAACAUUGCUAGAGAAAGCAAUCACUGAAGGAAUCGGCUCUUUCAAAACCUUCCUUUCCAAGACUAGUGCGCAGCAAUCAAAUGCCGAAGGAAAAGGAAUCAAUGAAGCUGUCGUCGGACUUGAAGCACAGUUUGUUUUGACAACAAGAAAUGCUGAAGGAGAGCAAUGUUAUGACGAGCGUGCCAGUGUAACAGUGCAAAUCAGACAUUCGCAAGGACAGGGCUGUGCGACGAAAGCGCAGGUCCAAGAUAAUAAAGACGGCAGCUACAAGAUCACUUACUUUGCCAAAGAAACUGGAAAAUGCGUUGUAUCAGUAAAAGUAAAUGAGGAUCACGUUCAUGGCAGCCCUUUUGCGGUUCAGAUCAAACCCAGACAGUUCAAACCCGUGUUGUCGUUUGGACGACAAGGCUCGGCUGUUGGAAUGUUCAGUCAGGCCUGGGGAGUGGCAGUGAAUGAACGUAAUGAAAUUGCAGUGACUGAGGUUGGUAAUAACAGAGUCCAGCUGUUCAGUAGUGAUGGGACUUACUUAAGAUCGUUUGGUACAAAGGGUGAUAAACAGGGAGAAUUUAACUUUUCUUGCGGAAUAGCUUUUGAUGUAAAGAAUGAGAAUAUUUUUGUGGUGGACAGUAGUAACCACCGUGUUCAACUGUUCAGUGAGCAGGGUAAGUUCCUCAACCAGUUUGGUGAACGAGGAAAUCUUGAUCAUCAGCUUCAGUAUCCCUGUGGUUUAUCUAUAGACAGUGACGGGAAUGUUAUUGUCACUGAUUUAGGUAACAAAGUAAUUAAGAUAUUUUCUCCUAGUGGUCAGUUUUUACGUAAAAUUGGCGGGAAGGGAUCUUUCAAAAAACCCUGGCACUGUGUCCAGUAUGACAACUUUCUUAUAGUAUCAGAUAGCGGAGAAAAUUCAAUUAAAGUGUUUUCUAGGGAGGGAGAAUUUUUGUACAAAUUUGGAAAGAAGGGGAAGGGAGACGGGGAUUUCAAUACACCUCGUUGCUUGUCAGUUAACAAGGCAGGACACCUGAUGGUCUGUAGUGAACAGAAUCACAGAGUUCAGGUGUUUGAACUGAAUGGAAAGUUUCUCACAAAGUUUGGAACACGAGGGAGCGGGAUAGGAGAGUUAAAUAACCCAGUCUCUACAGCAGUUCUUAGUGAUGGUAGGAUAGUUGUGUCGGAGUUCAGUAACAAUCGCAUUCAGAUCUUCGAGUAAAUCGACAUGAUGUAAUUAAUUUGAGUUGAUUUUCCGCGAUACGCUUUGUCAUAGUUUCAGUUCAGUUUGAAAUUUCGCGCCAUUUCUUUAUCGUGAGUAGUGUGAUCUGCGCUAAAUCGCGCAGAAGAGUGCACGCUUUAUUUUUCGUUCUAGCACAUUCCUGGAUUAUCAGCAAUUUUAUGAUUGAGCCAUUUAUUCGAGUUUCACUAAGUAUAGCGUAAUAGUAAGUCAUGCCUCCGAUUCUGUGAUUUAACCGAUUGUAAGGAUUCAAAGUGUUUAUAGCUGGUUUUCACUUGACGUCAUUAAAAUUAAAACGACAAAACUAUUGAUCUUCCUGA